CUGCCGACCGUCGUGACGAUCAGUUCAGUCCAGGAACUUCCGAUAGCAUCGAAUUUCCCCCAGUGCAACCCGCAACAACCAUAUCAGUGCGCUUCCGACGCGACGAACCAUUCAAAACCGACAGACAUAUCAUUGUGAAGUUAUUGCAACAGAGUUGUAAAGGUCUCUCGCGUAAUGAUAUUAGUUCGGUGUAAUCGACCGUGUAAUUGAGCAGCUUCCGGUGGUCGCAGUUUAGCACCGUACCCACAACACGUGUGUUUCAUCCUUCCUGCUUAAUCAACGUGUAAUCCGUCGUCGUAACUGAGGCCCUUAUCAGGCCCAAUUUAACGUGCGGUUAAAGGUUUUAGUGCCCGAGGAGGAACGGCCUUUUGUGAGUUAUCGUGUGUGGAGUUGAUUCCAUCAGGCCAAAGUAGAAGGCUUCCCUAAUUCAAUUGUGCGAAUAAGUGCUUCGUUCUCUGCUGUUUGGUUUAUUGCCUUGCCUUGAGUGGCGGCUUAGUGCGUUCCGGAUACUACUUAGUCCAGAGAAUAUAAUACGACUGCAGCAUGAAUACAACGAAGCUAGUUAUGCUAUCGGCGACUCUGAUCGUUGCCUUGAUGGUGUUCAAUUGGCCACAGCCGGCUGCCGCCAACGACAGUCAGAAUCUGAACCGGCUGCUCAACAAUCAGGUCAUCGUCAGCCGGCAGAUUAUGUGCGUCCUGGAGAAGAGUCCGUGCGAUCAGCUGGGACGGCAGUUGAAAGCGGCCCUCCCCGAAGUGAUACAACGAAACUGUCGCAACUGUUCGCCGCAGCAGGCCCAGAAUGCCCAGAAGUUGACCAAUUUCCUGCAGACACGCUACCCGGAAGUGUGGGCCAUGUUGAUACGUAAAUACGGUGCAGUUUAAAAGCGGAGAACGGCAGCACCAUCCAAAACUAUCACCCAGCCACUCACCAACACCAUCAUCACCAGAGAAUCUGCAUUCAUAGCCGUGAAAGUUUAGAUUGGAUUUUUAUUGGGAUGCAAAUGGGUAAAUUUUGUUUCCUGUGAGAAUUUAAUUCUCUCCGUUACGAGACAGUUUGAUGAGUUUUUAACGAGCUGCAGUAGUUUGGGGGAAUGGUCCCUUUUUACAACGACGAUUCAGAAACCCUUUUCUCAUUUAGGUAAUAAAGAAAACUUAGACACAAAUGAAAUGUGAUAAAUCCAUAUCCCGAAGAAAUGAAAGAUACAUAUGUUUUCUAGUCCCAUUUGAACAAGAUCCAUAUCAUUAUAAGUUCCAACAGUUUGUUCCAUUAUACAUCGUAGUUUUCGAAA